AUGCGGGAGUUCCGAACGCUCACGGCGGUCCGGGGUAUUAUUCCUGAGGGGGCGGGGCUUGGUGUAGCGGGCGGAUCCCCGCGCACCCAGUCCCGCCUCCUCCCCUGUUCGGGAGUGGGCACCGGAGGCGCCUGCGCCUUGAUUGCCAGUCGGUUGCUGGGUAACCGCGUCAGGGAGGAGCCAGUUCUUUCCUGCAAGGGCGCGGGGACCGACAACGACGGCUGUCCCCAAAGAACCCCUAGCAUCAGUGUGGGCAGAGGAACCAGGAAGAAAGAUGAAGAUUCGGGGACUGAUGUGGGAGAAGGAACAGAUGAAUGGUCCCAGUCCAAAGCCACAGUCAGACCACCCGACCAGCUGGAGUUGACCGAUGCGGAGCUAAAGGAGGAGUUCACCCGGAUUCUGACAGCCAACAACCCACACGCGCCCCAGAACAUCGUCAGGUACAGCUUCAAAGAAGGCACAUACAAGCUUAUUGGCUUUGUGGACCAACUGGCAGUUCACUUCAGCCAAGUUGGGAACCUGAUCCCCAAAGACUCGGAUGAAGGACGGCGGCAGCACUACCGGGAUGAGUUAGUGGCAGGUUCUCAAGAGUCUGCCAAGGUGGUGCAUUCAGAUACAGAAAUUCUUGAAGAAGAAGAAGAGCCCAAGGAAGCAGAAGCUGAAGCUGGGAGUCAAACAGAUGUUCCUGCAGCUGAGGCAGCUGAAAAAGUGACUGAAGAAUUGAUGACGCCUAUGCAGCCCAAGGAGCGGAAGCUCACCAACCAGUUUAACUUCAGUGAGAGAGCCUCACAGACCUUCAACAACCCUCUCCGGGACCGAGAAUGUCAGAUGGAGCCUCCCCCCCGGACAAACUUCUCAGCCACAGCCAAUCAGUGGGAGAUCUAUGAUGCCUAUGUAGAGGAGCUCGAGAAGCAGGAAAAGACCAAAGAGAAGGAGAAGACAAAGACCCCAGUGGCUAAAAAAAUGGGAAAGAUGGCCAUGAGGAAGCUGACAUCUAUGGAGUCCCAGAGUGAUGACAUUGCCAAAGUGACCCAAGCUGCUAAAAUUGUGGAGCGCAUGGUCAACCAGAACACGUACGAUGACGUUGCUCAAGAUUUUAAGUACUAUGAGGAUGCUGCUGACGAAUACCGAGACCAGGAGGGUACACUGCUACCACUCUGGAAAUUCCAGAACGACAAAGCCAAGCGCCUGGCUGUCACCGCCCUCUGCUGGAAUCCAAAGUACAAGGAUCUGUUUGCAGUGGGACAUGGCUCCUAUGACUUCAUGAAGCAGAGCCGGGGUAUGCUGCUACUCUACAGCUUAAAGAACCCCAGCUUCCCAGAAUACAUCUUCAGCAGCGAGAGCGGCAUCAUGUGUCUCGACAUGCACGUGGACCACCCCUACCUGGUGGUGGUGGGCCACUAUGACGGCAACGUGGCCAUUUACAACCUCAAGAAGCCCCACUCCCAGCCUUCCUUCCGCAGCUCCGCCAAGUCUGGCAAGCACACGGACCCUGUGUGGCAGGUCAAGUGGCAGAAGGAUGACAUGGACCACAAUCUUAACUUCUUCUCUGUGUCAUCUGACGGCAGGAUUGUGUCUUGGACGCUCGUGAAGAGCGAGCUGGUUCACACAGAUGUCAUCAAGCUGAAGGUGGAGGGCAGCACCACCGAGGGUCUCGAGGGGUUGCAGCUACACACAGUAGGCUGUGGCACUGCCUUUGACUUCCACAAAGAGAUCGACUACAUGUUCCUAGUGGGCACAGAGGAGGGAAAAAUCUACAAGUGCUCUAAAUCCUACUCCAGCCAGUUCCUUGACACCUAUGAUGCCCACAACAUGGCAGUGGAUGCUGUAUCUUGGAACCCAUACCACACCAAGGUCUUCAUGUCCUGCAGCUCUGACUGGACAGUGAAGAUCUGGGACCAUACCAUCAAGACCCCAAUGUUCAUCUAUGACCUGAACUCAGCCGUGGGCGAUGUGGCCUGGGCACCAUACUCUUCUACUGUGUUUGCGGCGGUCACCACCGAUGGGAAGGCCCACGUGUUCGACUUGACCAUCAACAAGUACGAGGCCAUCUGCAACCAGCCCGUGGUGGCCAAAAAGAAGAAUAAGAUCACCCACGUGCAGUUCAAUCCCAUCUACCCCAUCAUCAUUGUGGGUGAUGACCGUGGGCACAUUACCUGCCUCAAGCUCUCACCCAACUUGCGCAAGAUGCCAAAGGAAAAGAAGGGGCAGGAAGUGCAGAAGGGUCCAGCUGUGGAGAUCGCAAAAUUGGACAAACUGCUGAAUCUGGUGAGGGAAGUAAAAACCAAGACCUGA